AAUAAAAAGACAAUUUAAAUGUCUCAAUUUAUUUAAUUUGCUUUUUUUUUUUGGAGAAAUUGAAAGUUAAAAAAAAAGAAAUAUAAAGCAUAAAACAAUAUUCAUGAAAUGACUAAAGAUUCAAGUUAAAACAAAAACAAGGAAUAUCAAGCAAUAAGUAUAGAGAAAGAUAAUCUCAAACUUUUAAUGAACAUCAAGAAAAGAAAAACUUUAAAAGUGCUAAAUUAAAAUUACGAUUCAAAAAAAAGACUUGAAACGAAAGAAAAAAAAAAUAAGAAAGGUCAAUUAAUUCAAAGUUGAACAUAGUCAUCAGGUUCAAAAGAUCCAUCUUUAAACCUUCAACCUUUGAAAUAUAAUUAAAGAUGGCUCAACAGAGACAACGACUGAAUUCAAUGAGCGAUCACAGCUCACCAUCAAGUGAUGCAUCAGAAAAUUCUGAAGCACUCGAUCUAUCUGAUCUACGUUUAAACUUAGAAACGACAUCGGAUUUCUCUGAUUGCGAACGACAACAAAUUGAAAGUGCAUUUAACGCUUUGGGAACAGAGAUUUAUGUAAGUACAUCACUUGCGAAUUUAUAUGAAGGUGUGAAGCAAAGGGAUUGGCAAUUAAAAUACACCGGAGUUCCAGUAUUAAUGCUUGAUAAGGGAUCAGCACGAAGUCGCAAUACACCGCGUAUAUCUUUUAUAUUAGCUGAACGUGGAACAUGUUUUGCAUUAUGGAAAGAUACUAUUGAUAAUUUGUCGGAUUAUAAAAUCACUGGACCCUGUUUUCACACGAUGUGUCUGUCUACAGAUCACACUAAACAAAUGGGGUUCAGCUUCGACACAAAAGAUUCAGCAUUGGAAUUUUGGGAAAAUGUCGAAAGACUAAUUAGUGACCCUGAGAAUAUUGCAUUGUCUGCGCCUGGCAGAAAGAGAAAGAUUAAACGACCAAAAGCCAAACCUCUACCGCCAAAAUCACAAAUCUCCCUGCCAUGUCAAUUUUCUCAUGUGACACAAGUUCUUGUUGAAGACACAGCACGAUAUUAUAGUCUGCAAGCAUUUGUCAAGAGUAAUCAGUAAAUUGACGAUUAGAUAGAAUGACAAUAUCAAACGAAAUGAAAAAUGAUGCACAGCAACAGUAUUAUAGUCAUGAAUAAAGCAACAUACGUAUAUAUGUAAAAUGAAGGAGAAAAAGAAAUAUUUAUCAGACUGAAGGGCAGACAAGCCUGCAAAAUGGCAUUAAAAUGAAAUAUAUAUUUAUAAUGCGCAACUUUUUACAUAUACACACUUUUAUUAAUUACGUAAUCGGUAUCAUAACAUUAUUAAUGAUCGAAAAAUUGCGAACAAUCAUUAAGAAUGAAAGAAACAAAAAGUUAUAUAUUUUCAUUCAAAUUAAUCUAAAUAAUAGAAAAAAAUAGCAAAAAUGUCAUUUUUAAUGACAAGUCAAAGAGGAUAAAAAAAGCAAAGAAUUGAGCUUUUUGUAUACAAGAAUAAAGCUGUGAUCGCUCAAAAUUGCACAAUCACGAAACGUUAAAUACACAAAUGGCCGAAAAUGCCGUUUUAAAAAUUUAUCGUAAUUCAUUAAUUGAAGCAUAAAAUAAU